UCCAUCUUUAUAAAUAGUUUUCUGCUCCACAUCAGAGAACAUCUUUGCAUUACGUUGUCCGAUAUCUGAGCAAGUCUAAAAUGGGAAAACUUUUUAGCAGCUUGUGCUUUGCUCUUCUUCUGGUUGUGCUCGCAGAGAGUAAAAGCUUGGAGUCGAAGCAAUUGAAACCAAAAAUCAGAUUCAAUCCAGAAGGAAAAUUUAAAAUUGUGAACUUUGCAGAUUUGCAUUAUGGAGAAUUUCCUGGAACUGAUCGUGGUAGAGCGCAAGACGGCAACUCAACUCGCGUCAUGAGGGACAUUUUAGAAUUCGACACCCCUGACUUUGUUGUUUUUACGGGCGACCUUAUAACCGGCGACGCUAUUCUUGUAAAUUCUACGGGAUUCAUUGAGCAGUUGUUGACUCCCUUGCUCAAUGCUGGUUAUCGCUGGGCUUCCACUUAUGGCAAUCAUGAUAAUGGCAUUGCGACCACCCGAGAACAAAUUUAUGCGACGGAAUCCAAGUACGAGAACUGCUACACCACCAACGAUGGGACUGAUCUGUUGCCCGGCCUGACGAACUACUACCUCCCUAUUUACCCCUCAGUUGAAAGUGUUGGCGAAACCCCUGUGCUCAUUCUUUGGUUCUUUGAUUCUCGAGGGGGAUUCGACCCCAACGGUUUUAAACCCUCCAAUGUGGAUGAAGCUGUCGUGAAUUGGUUUAUUACAAAAAAUGCCGAGCUCACGGCAGCAUGGGGAGCAGUGCCGGCGUUGGCUUUCUUCCACAUCCCCACCAUCGACUACGAGGAUGUGCAGGACAAUACCGAUAUCCCAAACCGUGACGACUGUGUUGGACUAGUAGAUGAAGCAGUGGUUCCUCAAGAUAGGGACACACUGUUUAUGCAAGCUCUGGUCAAUUCAGGAACCGUAAUGACCACAUUUGUUGGUCAUGACCAUGGAAAUGCAUGGUGCUGUACGUAUCUCACGUUAUCUAUAUGCUAUAAUCGCCACACGGGGUACGGAGGUUAUGGGGACUGGACGCGUGGUGCCAGAGUGGUUGAACUUACGGAGGACAUCCUGCAAAUGCGAAACUAUAUUCGACUCGAGAAUGGAACUAUUAUUGAUGAGUACCCAGCUAAUGAUGCAUCCCAGUAAAAUUUCACGCCACACUCGCAUCCAAGCAUAAAUAAAGUAUUGGCUCGUAAUUUCAUUUCUUGUUAAUAUAAUUUAUUACUUGACUUCAAUUAAAAUACGUGGAAAUUCAACAAAGUAAA